UCGAAAAAAGAAAAACAGUUACCAAUUAAAUUAAAAUAUUUAAAAAAAAACUUUGAUUUCCCUCUUUGUUGUUCCUAUUUGAUCUCUCUUUGAUCCUCUGGAGCCAAAUUCACCAGGAACCCUAGAUCUCACCUCAGCAGUUGGAUCAGAUCGACCGUUUCAAUCUUAGGAGGCGGCAAUGGUUGAGACAGAACCGCUGCUGUGUUUAUCGAGCUCAGGCGUCAGCAUUGUCCUCAGCUUGUAGCGUUUUUGGCUGUUUUGUUUCUUUCUCUAGAUGGCCUUGAGAUCCAAAUUAUUCUGGAUUUAGGGCAAGGAGCUUAGGGAUUUUGUUCUUUUAGUGAUGAGUGAUUUGGUGGCGCGUACGGGUCGGCUUCAGCAGCGGUACGAGGAUGGUUGCCGCCUUGUUGCCGGAUGCAUUCCGUUUAGAUAUAGAAAUCCCGACCAUGGUGAUUCUGAUUCCAAGAAAAUCAUUGAAGUGUUGAUGAUCAGUUCACCUAGCGGACCUGGUCUUUUGUUUCCCAAGGGAGGUUGGGAGAAUGACGAAACAGUGGAGGAGGCCGCAGCCAGGGAAGCUGUGGAAGAAGCUGGAGUUCGUGGGAUUCUAAUGGAUUUCUUGGGAGAUUAUCAGUUCAAGAGCAAGACUCACCAAGAUGAAUUCAGCCCAGAAGGUCUGUGUAAAGCGGCGAUGUACGCGUUGUACGUGAAGGAAGAGCUGGGGUCAUGGCCCGAACAGGACACGAGAACUCGGGCAUGGCUGACGAUACCUGAAGCAGUAGAGAGUUGCCGACAUGCGUGGAUGAAGUAUUCUUUGGAAGAAGGCUUCUGUAAAUGGCUUCAGCAGAAGAUUGCCAAAGGAGAGGACUUCGCUGAUGAAGAUUGAACUCAAGUGUGCAUAAACUCAAAGAUCAAAUAAAAAAAAGUUAAAAAGAAAAGGAAAGAUAAAAAAGAAUUGCAGAAAUUUCAAGUAGAGUAAACUGUAUUUUUGUGUUCUUUCGAAUUCAUGCUUCCUUCAUGGUUGGUUCCAUUCUGUUUUUUUCCUCUUGGAAUCUCCUAAUUUGGAGAGAAUAUCAUAUGUGGAUUGUUGGAGCAUAGGAACUUUGCUGCCAUGCUUUAGUC